AGGAAGUAAAAUAUAUUGACUAAAAAGUAAAAACAGCAAAGAUUUUAGUAAUAACUAAUAAUCAGUGAAGUGUAAACCAGUAGGCAACGAGUACUCGAUUAAAUAAUAUUAUUUAUGUCUUGUAGUUUGUACCUAUUUUAUUUAACUUCCUAGUCGGGUUCUACUGACUGUCUACAACUAAUUAUUUUGUAUUCUCUAAGCAAUAUUCUCAACUCUUGAUCAUGUUUAUCGUUUGAACCCUAUAAAGUUUUUCCAUGUUAUUAUGAAUGUUUAUUUUUUAUGAUGUGCAAAAUGUAAAUAUUGUAGACAUUAGUUAUGUGCAAUAUGAUAGAAAAUUUGAUUUUCAAAGAGCUGUAGACACUAUCUGUAUUAAACAUUUAACAUGGACGAAGAAGUUACUAAUGAAUCUAAUACCCCCAAAGUUGUUACUGAAAAUAAAGAAAAAAUUGAGAUAUUAUUGAAAGCGACUGGUAAUGCACCAAUUCUCAAGACAAAAAAAUGGAUGGUUGAAAAAGAAAAAACAGUGGCAUCUAUUAAUGAUUUUUUACGGAAACUAUUAAAACUAGAACCAUCCGAUAGUUUGUUCUUAUAUGUGAAUCAAGCAUUUGCACCUUCACCUGAUCAGACAAUGAAAAAUUUAUAUGAUUGUUACAACACAGAUGGUCGUCUCAUAUUACAUUAUUGUAAAACCCAAGCUUGGGGGUAAGAUUAUAAAUUUCACAGAAUUAUUUUUUGAAUUUUA